AUGGGUUCGGAGGAAGAAAAUUUUGGUAUUAAACUUGAAUCGCAAUCACAUGGUGAGAAGAAGGCUCUAUCACCGCCGCGUAAGCGCCAUUGUUCUUCUGAUAAUCAAGAUAAUAGAUUUGGUACGAUUCCAGAAGAGUUGGUAGAGCAAAUUUUAUUGAGGUUGGAUGCUGAGUCUGUCUGGGUUUGUAGGCGCGUUUGCAAGAGCUGGUUUCAUUUGAUCAUCAAUGACGACCCUUCAUUCGUAAACAAACACCUUGAGCUUGUUGGUAAUCGCAACUGCAAGAAGACCUUUAUCCAGUGCGUUUUUCGCCCAAUUCUCUCACUAGUUACUGUUUGUGAGGAGGGUGAUGAUGAUGGCGAUGGCUGCUUGCCUUGUGUUGUUGAACAAGUACCUAUUGUGCCAGCUGAAAUAUUAGAACAAGUACUGGUUCAGGACUUACUCCAGACUCACUUUAUAAGAGUCUCCCACUGUAAUGGCAUCAUUCAUAUUUUUGAUCCGUAUGAAAGUAAAUCAGCAGUGUUGUUUAAUCCAGUACUAAGAGAGUUUAAGUUAGUUGGGGGGCCCACCUUUCCCUUUUCAUCACCUAACUUGGAACAGAUCAUGGGGCAUGGUUUUGGGUAUGAUCCCAAAUCUAAUAAUUACAAGUAUGUUAAGAUCUUUGGUAGCGAAAAUUGUAGGGACCGUGUAGCUGUGGUGCACACUAUGGGAACUAGUUGUUCGAGUUGGAGAGAAAUUAAGGUUGAUGUAGAAAGUAGGCUAUGUUUCAUACAUCCCGUAGGGGAUGCAAUUUACUGUAAGGGUGCAUACUAUUGGCAUUACUUUUCAGAAGGUGAUGUUAGUGUGCUUCUUUGUUUUGAUAUGUGUGAGGAGAUAUUUCGUAGCAUACAGAUUCCAGAUUGCAUCCAGCCAAAAAGUAAACAAGAAAAUUUGAUAUUGGGAGACUGGAAUGGAUCAGUUGCCCUUUUCUACACCGCUCAAUACCGUGCGUGUUCUGGUUUUUACGAGCUGUGGAUAAUGACUGGUGAUGAUACACAUUGGAUCAAGCGUCUCAAAAUUGGGCCACUACAAUCCACCCAUGUGCCCAUAAAUUUUUGGAAAGAUGACGAGCUCUUAUUGAAGAUUUAUCAAGGUUAUCAAGAUGGAGAUGUUGUGUCAUACAAUAUUUAUACUCAACAACUGAGGAGAGUUCCUUUUCCUCACAGGGAGGCUGGCAUCCAUUAUGCAACUCCAUGUUUGAAGACUCUAGUUUCACUAUAGAGUUUAUCAUUUUUUCUUAUGUUAUUAUUAUUAUGUCUUCGAGAAUGACUAUGAUGAUAUCAAUAAGUUGAGAUAAAUGAAUAUGA